AUGGACUUCAAAUCCCUGAUGUCGGCUCAGAUCGCCAAAUCCAAGCCACCGCUGUCAAAGUCUCCUUCCUCGCCCUCCCCAACCCCCGACUCACCCGCUUCCACAGCAGCGGCAAAUAAAUACGUCCGCCGCGCCGACCUCGAAGCCUCGCGACAAGCCGAGUACCUCGCCGAACAGGCCAGACUCUCAGCCGAACGGGAAGAACGUCUCGCGAAGAAACGGAAACUCGAGGAGGAGGAGGCCGAGCGGGAUGCGCGCAGGGAGGCAAAGCUGCGGAGACUGGCGGAGGAGUCACGGCGGAGGAGAGAAGAGGAGGAGAAGGAAGAAGAAAGGAGACGGAGAAAACGCCUCGGACUGCCCGAAGUACCAGAACAGCUCGUCCUCGAGGACGGCAAGACGGAGAAAAGUGAAGCAGGCACAGGUGAAAUUGGAGACGAUAUCCCCGAUGAUGAGUUGCGAAAGAAACUCCGCCAAAUCAGUGAACCGGCUACUCUCUUCGAUGAAGACUACUCUGCGCGACUGAAGCGCUAUUACUCCGUCACCCGGAAAGCCCUGACGGCUUCUUCACAGAAGCUGAGCAAUGGACCUAUCCCGACCACACUAGAACCCGUCGAGGAAAAGGACAUGCUCCUCCCUUCAACCCUCCCACUUCAAGCAGGAACAGAAGAAUACACAUUCCUCCACCGCCAGCUUGCGUCCUACUUCACCCUCCUACUCACCGAGUGGUCACACGCGCUCGCUGAGCGAGACGAGUCGGUCAAGCAAUCCUCCAGCGGCAAAGCCGCCUACAACAACUACCUCGUCGUGUUGAAGGACCUCACUCCUCUGUUCCGGCACUUCGAGAAACAAUCCCUCGACUCGGACUUGCUGGAACCGAUCUGUAAGAUUGUGCGCUCUGCUCAGAAGAGACGGUACGUCGAGGCAAACGACGAGUACCUCACCUUGUCAAUCGGCAAAGCCGCCUGGCCAAUCGGUGUGACUAUGGUGGGCAUCCACGAACGAUCUGCGCGGGAGAAACUGCAUGAGAGCUCGAGCGGGAAACAGGCGCAUAUCAUGAGCGACGAGGUCACGCGCAAGUUCCUGCAGAGCAUCAAGCGGUGCAUCAGUUUCGCCCAGACGAGGUGGCCGCCGGAAGAUUUGGGCCAGUUGAUGGGAUGA